CUCGACGUUCAUACCUCUCAAAAUGUCUAAACUGGCAUUGUUCAGUGUGUAUAUAACUGAACGGCUAACAGCGGUGGCUGUGGAGAUAGCCGGGGUGGUAGAGAGAACAAUAACAGAAUACCAGGAAGAAAUCUCUCGUUCAAAGGAGGAGAACGAACGUCUUCGACGGCUGCUGGAUUUCAAACUGCACAGAACAGACCCCCAGCAGCUCACGCUCCCAGUCUCUGAAGAGGAGGUUCCCCCUGAGCGGCAGCAUGGUGAGCAGAAGUGGGGCCCCAAUCUGGGGCAGAAGGACCCAGAGUCCACACAGAUUAAAGAUGAACAAGAGGAAAUCGGGACAAAUCAGGAGGAAGAGCUUGAAAGGCUAGAAUCUGAUACCAACGACUCCAUAUUCACUGUCUGUGAGGAGAGGGACAGUAACCCACCUUAUCCGCCCUAUCAAAUGGAUUUCUCAAGCCACACUUUCCAGAGCAAAGAGGAUGAUGUGUUAUGCAUCCUCAUUCCUAAAGAGAUCAAAACUGAGCCUGAUGGAGAGGACUACACAGUAUCAGAAGCAACCAGUGCCUCUCAGUCCCUAUCAGAAGGAUAUCUAGGCUGUUCUGCAGCUCAGAGUGAAAACAGCGGAAGUGACAACGAGGAGAGUGGGGGACAACCGUCAGGGUCAAAGCUACUGGAAUCAUCCAGAAAAUGGGCAAAUAAAGAACUAAGCUUCCAUACUGUUGCUGGGGGCAGGGUGACCACAAAUGCUUCUCCUUAUUGUUGCAAGUUGUGUGGAAGUACAUUUGUGUACAUUGGUCCUUUAGUUAACCAUGUGAAAAAUGUACACACAAAGCAUACGAAAAUGUGCGGUGUGUGUGAAGAAGUCUUUGAGUCCAUGGCAAGUCUGACAGAUCACCUGCAAACCCACAUAAAAGCAACACGUACUUGUAAUGUUUGUGGCAAAUGCUUCCCUAGUGAUGCUAAUCUGAGAACACACAUGGUGUCUCACACAGGAGAGAAACAGUAUCAAUGCAAAGAAUGUGGAAAAUGCUUCAAAACUAAGGGAUAUAUGAAAUUGCAUAUGAGACUGCACACUGGGGAGAAACCAUUUCAGUGCAAAGAAUGUGGAGAAAGUUUCACUUGUAAUGGAUACUUGAAAGCACAUAUGAAGUUCCACACAGGGGAGAAAUCAUAUCGGUGUAAGGACUGUGGGCAAGACUUUGACCAGAAGACACAACUGGAAACGCAUAUGUGGACUCACAGAGGUGAGAAACCACAUGGUUGCAAGCAGUGUCCCAAAAGCUUCAAGCGCAAGGAAGAACUGACCAGACACACAGCGGUUCACACAGGAGAGAGACCUUUCAAGUGCACUGUUUGUGGACAUUGCUUUGCCACCCCAGGCAACCUGACACAACACCUGACCACUCACUCCGGAGAGAAACCGUAUCGGUGCAAAUUCUGUGGCAGAUGCUUUAGAAAUAAUCCGCUACUUAAAAGUCACCUGAGGAACCGUCACAAAUUUCAUGAAAGUGCCUGAUUCUCAGAAGAUGACUUAAAGGACAAGUUAAGUUUUUUACAACCAAAUCUCUAUUUUUGAUGUAAAUAGCAUGUUCUUGAAGAGUACAGACACCUUUUUUGUGAUUUUGCACGUUUGAGAAGCUUAACACAAACGGCAAAUCACUUCCUCAUCCUUGUUAUGCAGUCCCUAAAAAAGCAGGAACAAAGGCUCCAAAAACACCCAAAUGUGUACUUUUAGUUCAUUCUGAACUUUAUCCACAAUGUUAUAUUACCUUGCACAAGUCAUUUCCCUUAUCCAGCUGUUCCAUUUUCUGUGUAGCCUGCUGCUACAUAACUGACAAAAUAAAGGAAACACCAACAUAAAGCACCUUAAUAUGGCAUUGGGCCACCACGAGCCGCCAGAACAGCUUCUAUACUCUUUGGCAUAGAUUCUACAAGUGUCUGGAACUUCCUGUGUGGAAGCACCCCAUGCUUUCAAUAUCAUAUUUUAUUGGUCACAUACACAUUUAGCAGAUGUUAUUGCGGGUGUAGCGAAAUGAUUGUGCUCCUAGCUCCAACAGUGCAGUAGUAUCUAAAAAUGAUUCACAACAAUACAAACAUCGAAAAGUUAAAUCAUGGAAUUUAUAAAUAUUAGAUCGAGCAAUGUAGGCGUGGCAUUGACUAAAAUACAAUAUAAUAGAAUACAGUAUACAUAUGAGAGAGUAAAGCAGUAUGUAAAUGUUAUUAAAGUGACAAGUGUUCCAUUAUUGAAGGGGCCAGUGAUUCCAAGUCUGUAGAUAGAGCAGCAGCCUCUAAGGUGAAGGCUUGCGUAACCAGGUGAAAGCCGGCUAGUGAUGGACUGAAAAACAGCUAAUAUCAGGUCCCAGCUUUGAUGCACCUGUACUGACCUCGUCUUCUGGAUGAUAGCGGGGUGAACAGGCCGUGGCUCAGGUGGUUGAUGUCUUUGAAGAUCUUUUUGGCCUUCCUGGGUGCUGUAGGUGUCCUGGAGGGCAGGUAGUUUGCCCCCGGUGAUGCGUUGGGCAGAGCACACCACCCUCUGGAGAGCCCUGCGGUUGCGGGUGGUGCAGUUGCCAUACCAGGCAUUGAUACAGCCCAACGGGAUGCUCUCAAUUAUGCAUCUAUAAAAGUUUGAGUGUUUUAGGUGCCAAGCCAAAAUUCUUCAGGCUUUUCCUGGCACCCCUCUCCCAGGGCCCUCUCUCCUCCCUUUUAUACUUUGUAUCUCUUGUUUACUCAAGACGUUCCUUUAUUUUGGCAGUUACAUGUAGAAUGGACAGAGGUAUUGCUGGAGUCGCAACAAUAUGUUGUGGAUAAAGUUCUGAAUGACACGAUAUCUAAAGACCUAAUAAAAUGACAUAUUUGUUCAUGUUUUUCAGGGCCCCCAUACUACACAAUGGGGAAGGGAUUUGCUGUUUAGUGUAAGUUUCUCAAAAACAUGGGAAAUCACAAAAAAGGUUCCUGGACCCUUCUAUAACAUGCCAUUUGCAUCAAAAAUAGUGAUUUGGUUCUAAAAAAAGGAAACUUCUCCUUUAAGUUUAAAAUAGACACUGCUUUUUGGUUGGUGGUGCAUUGGAACAUAAUGUACAAUAUAAUCUAAAACAAUGUAGUAGAUGCUCUCUGUCAGGCUAUGCCUUCAGUCAGAGUUGUGAAUACUAAUCUGCUUUUUACUAUGAAAUAAAGGCCUUCUAUAUAUAUUCCCAUGAGAGCACACUAUUUUCAUUUUUGUGAAGGAACUUGCAAAACUGUCCCUGUACAUUCUUUAUAUAAAUAAAAUGGGUUCAGGGGGAUGUAAA